CAGGAACCGGGGAACAUCUUGUAAACCCUCUAGUUGACAUAAGGCACCAGAAUCAACAUGCUGAAGGCUUCGGCCCUUCUCCUCCUUUGUGGCCUCCUGCCCAUCUGCCAAGGUGGAGCAGAAAACUUACUAUCUGUGGCCCAGGUGGACAAGACUGUUCUGGAGAACUUACUCUCAAAUGUCCUGGCCAAAGAUGACCUGCUUCAUGGACUUACUGGAGGAGGGAGUCAAAAUGUCCUAGGAGGGUUGAAUGGAGGCCAAAAUGGAGGACCCCUUGAUGGUGUUCUUGGAGGGCAAGAUGGAGGUCUUCUUGGCGAUGUCCUUGGAGGCCAAGAUGGAGGUCCGUUUGGUGGUGUCCUUGGAGGCCAAGAUGGAGGUCUUCUUGGUGGUGUCCUUGGAGGCCAAGAUGGAGGUCUUCUUGGAGGUGUCCUUGGAGGCCAAGAUGGAGGUCUUCUUGGAGGUGUCCUUGGAGGCCAAGAUGGAGGUCCGCUUGGUGGUGUCCUUGGACAAGAAGGUCUCCUGGGGUUGAAGCUUGUGGAUAUCAUCCUUCCUAAAGUCACCCUGAAGCUUUUUCCAGUUGGACUUGGAUUGAACAUUUACACCAAAAUAGUCCUCAGGGGCAACACGAUUCUGGGGGGGGCAUUGACUCUCCUGGUAGAAGUGAACAUCACAGCCAAUGCCCAGCUGGUCCAGGACAGGAGGGGAUCUCCCAAGCUUCUCCUUGAGAAUUGCAGAACCAAUCUUGGUGGCAUUCGGAUUUUGUCUGGGCUCCUUCCAUUGUCCUUGGACAACGUUCUGAGUGUUCUUUUGAAUGAAGUUGUCCCUGGUCUGCUGUGUCCAGUUGUUGAUGUUGUCCUGAACCUUCUCAACGCUCUUCUUGGCACAGUCAACAGUGUGUGUCCGUUUGGCAUUCUUGGACGUCUGCAUUACACUCUGGCUGGCUUGCCGCUGUUCAAGGGUCAACACAUCAUUCUGAAUCUCAAUCUUAUGAUGACCAACCACAACGGCCAACCUGUGGAUUUUCCUGGAGCCCAAAACACCUCUUUGCCUCUGCCUCCCGCGAUGGACCACACGUCUCAGCUGAUGCUUCCCCGCGACCUCCUUUCCUCGGUGUUCCAGAUGCUCGUAUCAAAAGGAGGGUUCAACGCGGACCUCACCGAACUGGCGCUUCGUGGCUCUGUUCCAAUGACAACAUCGGCUCUGCAGUCUGUGCUACCUGAGUUGUCUCAGCUUGGGGCAGAAGAUCUGCCCUUGGUGGUCAAGAUCGGAGUCCGUGCCCUUCCGGUGGUAUCUUUACAAAACGGGAAGGUCCAGAUCCUGCUGGGUGCUGACCUCCAAGUGCUCUCCCAUUCAAAUUCUAGUCUCACCCCGCUCUUUACUGUGAACAUGAAUAUCAACCUGAGUGGAAGUUUCAGUGUUACACGAACCAAACUGGGCAUCUCUCUGGCCUUAGAAAGCGUCUCACUCAGUGUCUCCAACGUGGGUUCCUUUGAUGAAAAUGCCCUUAAGACUUGGAUCACAAACAUCCUUCAGAUCGGAUACCUGCCUCUGAUUAACGUUCGCCUGGACAUCGGAAUUCCACUCCCGAAUAUUUUCAACCUGAAUUUUGCUGACGGUGUGGUGAAAACCUUUGAUGAGAUGGUGGUGAUCAAUAAGACCCCUAAAUAAGACCCCGAAGGAAGAAGACUACAUGGCAGAAGAAUGACCUCCCUUCCCUCGACCCCUUGCCCUAACUUCCUCCUCCGCUGCUUCAGUACCAUUCAGAUUCCACUUUCCUUUGUCCGCCAUGGACAACCUUAUUACCUAAAAUUGUAGACCUCUACCGUCUUCUCUGAGAAUUCAU